AUGCGGCAACGCAACACAAACGAGCAACCUCACAACCCGGCAACAAGCAAGCCUCCAGGCACCCCGCCCAUCCAAAGGCGCCCCUUCCGCCCCGGACUCCCCGACACGCUCCGCAACAAGCUCACGCAGCCCGCCACCGCGCACGCGUCGUCGACGAACUCCAGCGGCGAGGUCCCGUCAUCUACGCACCCACUCGAGGCACGACUUCUCGCGUGGCGGGCUACACAGGACGCCAUGAAGAUGGAGGGACUGCGUCGAGCGUACGGGAUUGCGGAGCCUGUUCGUCGCGGGAUGGAGUUGAAGAUCGUUCGGGAUGGGACUUUCCGGCCUGCUGUGCUUGGCGGUGUGCGGGGUGGGAAUGUUCAUGAGGAUAUUCUUGUUAUUGGGGGUCGGGAUAGUGAGGUUCAGUGGGAGGAUAUUUACCACGGUGAUGACCUCCGUGAGCCGCCUGCUUUCCAUGAUGAGAUGGAGAAGAGACUCAAGAUGGAUUUCUAA